UUUCUUUUUAUUGUUUAAAGAUCUAAUGUUUUGCUGUUUUUAGUUUAGGUAAUAUGGAGGAGGUUGAGGCAGCUAACAAGGCGGCGAUAGAGAGUUCCAAUAGAGUUUUGAAUAUUUUGUCUCAGCCUCAAGCCCAGGUUAAUUACAGAAAUUUAAUGGCUGAAACUGGGGAAGCUGUUUCUAAGUUCAAAAGGGUAGUUUCUCUUUUGAACUCUGGUUCAGGACAUGCAAGAGUGAGGAAGCUUAUGAAACCACAAACCCCUUUUCCUCAUUGUAAUGUUCAAGAACUGAGUUCCCAUGCUAAGAACUCUCUAUGUUUAGUGAACCCAUCUUUGGAAUCGAGUUCGAAUGGGAAGAACCCUCUUCAACUCUCACAACAGACGCCAUUGGGGCACUAUCAUCUCCUCCAAAAACAACAGCAAAUGAAACUCCAAGCUGAAAUGACGAUGUUUAGGAAGAGCAAUAGCAGUGGGAUUAGCUUGAACUUUGAUAAUAGCUCUAGUUGCACACCUACCAUGUCAUCAACUAGGUCUUUCAUUUCUUCCUUGAGCAUAGAUGGCAGUGUAGCUAACUUGAAUGGAACUGGUGGGAGUGGCUUCCAUUUAACGGGCUCCCAACACAAGAAGAACUGUUACGCUAAGUUAGAAGAUGGGAGUGCCAAAUGUGGAAGCAGUGGUAGUAUAUGCAAUUGCUCUAAAAAGAGGAAACAUAGAGUGAAGAGGUCAAUCAAGGUGCCUGCUAUCAGUAAUAAGCUUGCUGACAUUCCUCCCGAUGAUUAUUCAUGGAGGAAAUACGGGCAGAAGCCAAUCAAGGGCUCCCCUCACCCUAGGGGAUAUUAUAAAUGUAGCACUAUAAGAGGUUGUACUGCAAGGAAGCAUGUGGAGAGGUGCUUGGAAGAGCCAUCCAUGCUUAUUGUUACCUACGAAGGUGAGCAUAAUCACCCAAGAUUACCAUCUCAAUCAACAUAGUGAGAUUGUGGUGUCAAGCCUUCCAAUGUUGGGUCUAAUGGUUGGUUAACUGGUUUUACUUGCUCCUCUAUAUAUAUUGCAUGGAUUUGUAUCCACAUAUGGGAGCUGUUUCUUUCUUUUUUAUUUGGUUUUGGAAGGUUGGAUUCCUUAGGCUAUUUAGGUAUUAAAGUCUAGUGCUGGACCAAAAGAAAAUUGUAGUAUUUGGAGUUUAAAUUGUAAGAAACAACUGUUUGAUCUUUCAUGGAAAUCAAUGCUUGAAAAGGGUUGAUGAACUGAA